CGUGUUUUGCUUUUGCACUUUCUUGUUUACCCGCUUUUCUUUUCUUAUUUAUUAUUCUUCUGCCCUCAGUGAAGCAUUCGGCCGAGAGGUUGCAUUAAAAUAUUCCAGAUUUCAAUAUAUAACAAUCAAAAUAUUAACAAAAUGACCGAGGAAGUAAGCCCGAAAGCAUUCCCGCUAGCUGAUGCUCAGCUCACGGCGAAAAUCAUGAAUUUGUUGCAGCAAGCGCUAAACUAUAAUCAACUACGUAAAGGAGCUAAUGAGGCCACCAAAACGCUUAAUCGAGGCCUUUCUGAUAUUAUCAUUUUGGCUGCUGAUACGGAGCCCAUCGAAAUUCUAUUGCAUUUACCUCUUCUGUGUGAAGAUAAAAACGUUCCUUAUGUGUUUGUGCGCUCCAAGCAGGCGCUUGGCCGUGCAUGCGGUGUGUCUCGACCAAUUGUUGCUUGCUCUGUUACUACAAAUGAUGGUUCACAGCUCAAAUCACAAAUCCAAUCAAUUCAACAUGAAAUUGAAAGACUUCUAGUUUAAAGUGAUGUAUAUAAUUCGGAAAUAUGUCAGUUUAGAUGUAUAAAUAAAAUACAUGUGUUUUUAUAAUAGAA